ACAACUUCCUCAUCAGCCUCUCUCUCUCUCCUCUCUCUCCUUCUCCCUCUAAGUUUUCACAAAAUUUUUUUUCUGCGAUAUGCCACAAGUCGAUUUGGAAACACUAGUUUCAGCGUGUGCGGGGGGCUCAAUGGAUCGGAAAAUCGCCUGCGAGACGCAGGCUGACGCCACCACUGCCGGACACGACCGGCCGGAAGAAGAUGCCGAUGAACCGCAAGUUGCGCCGGAUUUCCCGCCGGAAUCCUUCUGGCUCUCGAAAGACGCAGAGUACGAGUGGUUCGACCGCAACGCCUUCUACGAGCGCAAAGACUCCACCAAAGGAAACUCCAACGCCAAUAACUUGAAUUCGAAUCAAUAUUCGCACUCGAAUUCGAGCUCGCAGCGGUUUUCGAAGAACUUGAAGUCGAAGGCGGCGAUCAUCGGGCUUCCGAAGCCGCAGAAGCACAACUACGCCGACCCGAAGAACCGGCGGCACUCCAAGGCCGGAAACACGAGACUGUUCCCGAAACGGACCGGAUCCGUCGGGAAAUCGGACGCUCCGAUGAUCGAGCCGUCGUCUCCUAACGUCUCGUGUAUGGGGAGGGUGAGAUCGAAGAGGGAUAGAAAGCGUCGGUUCAGGAAUCGGCACGGAUCGUCGGCCGAGACGUCCAUGGAGAAGUCCGUUAAACCGGUGGCGGAGAGACGAAAACUCGGUUUCUUUGCGAGUUUUCGGGCGAUUUUUAGGCACGGAGUACACCGGGAGAAAUCGGCGAAAUCGCCGUUCGUGGAAGUCUCGCCGCCGAGAAACAGCAGCGUGAUGUCGACGUCGAGAGCGCGCGACAGGGCGGCGGCGUACGAUUUCGACGCGCUGUCUAUCGAGUCGACGCCGAGACACAGCGUGGAGAGCGAACCGCCUGGUUUGGGCGGCAUGAAGCGGUUCGUUUCGGGUCGGAGGUCCGGGGCGUGGGCGGGUGAAGUCGGUGUCGACGUUGCGUAAUUUGGCGGGGCGUCUUGGAAAACUGGAAGGAAAAAGGAAUCGUGGUUUCUUGAUCCGACGGGGAUCCCCUGGGCCCCACAGUCACGAGGAAGCAGGCAGCAAGUGGGUUACGGUCGUGAUUGGUAGUCUGAGUAGGACCCGCUUUCUUCUGUUUAAUUUGCGUUUGGAAUGACGUGGCACGUUGAAUAACGGUCUCCCGAGUUAAAACAAUCAUUUUGCUACAACGUUUUCAUUCGUUUUUUGUGUUUUUUUUCCCACUUCACUAGAGUAUGUGAGGUUGUGUAAAUAGAUAUGUUUUUGGAGUGAACUGUUGUAAAUUUGUUUGUAAUUUUGGAUAAUAAUGUUUUGAAGAACCAUAAUUUGGGUACAA